CCUCUCUCACUCUACCCAUUUCUUUCUCUCUCUCUAUAACAAAUUUCUUUCUCUCUCAUCAUCUUCAUCAUUCCUAAAUCAAAUUGGGGAAGAGGGUUCUAGGGUUUCAACAUUUUCUUGGAAUUCUUGCCUCAUUACUUUUGUGUGUUGGGUAAUUCAUCAAUGGGCAUUACUUCUCUUCAAGUUUGCAUGGAUUCCUCAGACUGGCUUCAGGGCACGAUUUCCGAUGAAGUUCCGGGCAUGGACGCGUCGUCGUCGCCGGCCGGCGACGACAACAUUAGCCUCACCUGCAGCAGGCCAUUGAUGGAAAGAAGGCUUAGGCCUCAGCAUGAGAAUUCCCUAAAAUGCCCUCGCUGUGAAUCGACACAUACCAAAUUCUGCUACUACAAUAACUACAGCCUUUCUCAGCCACGAUACUUCUGCAAAACCUGCCGCCGCUACUGGACCAAGGGCGGAACCCUACGCAACAUUCCGGUGGGUGGGGGCUGCCGGAAAAACAAGAAAGUCUCGAAAAAGCAGCACCAGUCGUCGUCCUCGUCGAUUUCCGACCACCACGCGCCGUCACCGCCGCAGCAGAUCCACCCGGGACACAUCCAUACCGGCGCCGGAAUCUCGCCGCCGAUGGUCUGCUACGACGGCGGCGCCAAUUCCUCCACCGACCUCCAGCUCGCCUUCCCGGAGCAGCUCCAAUUUUCCGGCAUGUUCGCCGCCGCCGGCGGGAAUGGGAACCCUAAUUUUCCGAUCGAUUACAUCGAUAACAAAUACGAGUCCCUGAUUUUGGGCGGCGCCGGCGAGGGUUUGGUCGCCGGAGUCCACCACGGCGGAGGUGAAUUUAAUGGUAAUUUCAGUAAUUUCCAUGGCUUCUGCCCUCAGUUAGGGUUUUCUUCUUUCGACCACCAUGGGAGCUAUCCUUCGUCCUCCGGCGGCCUCGAAAAUUGCCAGAGGCUAUUACAGCCGUUCGAUCAUCAGAAUCUGCAGGAUCAGAGUGAGAUCGACGUUAAGCCGGCGCCGGCGCCGCCGCAGACGGCGGCGAAGAUGCUGGCGAUAGAAUGGCACGAUCAUCAGCAGGCUUGUAAUUCGGAUCCGGUUUACAAUCUCGGAUCUUGGACCGGGUUGAUGAACGGAUACGGAUCCUCCGCAAUGAAUCCACUGGUUUAAUUAAUUAAUUAACCAGGCUAAUUUUAUUAGUUAAUUAGAUUUUUACUAUAUAUAUAUAUAUUUAUGUAAUUUAUGUUCUUUAGGGUUUAAUUAUAACUCCUAUUAAGGGUUUU